CCUAGGUGGCCGGGUGUGUCCCAUGUAGGGGCUCGGCUCGGAACAACCUAACGAUUAGUCAUUGAUUUGUUUAUUCGUUGUGCGCAUUAAUCCAGUCCACCGCUCCGAGAGAACCGUCCUGCAGACCGGAUCGACCAUGGGGGCAGUCCAUGCGAAGAGUUUGGAUCCUCUGCCCAUGCAUGGACGGGACCUGGGGGUGAACCCAGACGACAUGAUCGAGGUGCCCGAGCCGGAACACGCAGCGAAGCAGGAGAUCCUGGAGAACAAAGAUGUGGUGGUCCAGCACGUCAACAUCCAGGGCCUUGGCCGGACGAAGGAGGAUCUCCUGGGACACGAGAUCUCAGACGUGUUCCACGCCAAGAACCUCAUCGAUGUGAUGAAGAAGGCCCACAUGGCCCGGCAGAAGCUGCUACGCCUGGGGAUCUUCAAGGAGGUGGAGGUGCUCAUCGACACGUCUGAAGGUGCCGGGGCCUUACCCAACGGUCUGGACGUCAUCUUCGAGGUCACUGAGGUCAAGAGGCUGACGGGAAGCUACAACACCAUGGUCGGCAACAACGAAGGCAGCAUGGUGCUGGGGGUGAAGCUGCCCAACAUGCUGGGCCGGGCGGAGAAGAUGACGUUCCAGUUCUCCUACGGCACCAAGGAGACGUCCUACGGCCUCUCCUUCUUCAAGCCGCAGCCCGGCUGCUUCGAGCGCAAUCUCGUCCUCAACCUCUACAAAGUCACCGGACAGUUUCCCUGGAGCUCACUGAAAGAGACGGACCGAGGGCUGUCGGCAGAGCUCAAUUUCCCCCUGGGCCGGAGCAGCCACACGGUGAAGUGGGAGGGCGUGUGGAGGGAGCUGGGCUGUCUGGCCCGCAGCGCCUCCUUCGCCGUCCGCGAGGAGAGCGGACUCCUCAAGUCAGCGCUCUCGCACAGCAUGUCCGUCGACUCCAGGAAUUCUGCCAUCUUUCCCAACAGAGGUGCCUUGCUUCGAAUUAACCAGGAGCUGGCGGGCUACACUGGCGGCGACGCCAGCUUCCUGAAGGAGGACUUUGAGCUGCAGUUCAACAAACAUCUCUUCCUGGACUCGGUGCUGUCGGCGUCUCUGUGGGGAGGAAUGCUCUACCCCCUGGGGGGACACUCGUCCUGCAUCGCAGACAGGUUCUACCUGGGCGGCCCCACCAGCGUGCGAGGGUUCGGGAUGUACAGCAUCGGUCCGCAGAGUGAAGGGGACUACCUGGGCGGGGAGGCGUACUGGGCGGGGGGGCUGCACCUCUACACCCCUCUCCCCUUCAGACCUGGGAAGGGGGGCUUUGGGGACCUGUUCCGGACACACUUCUUCCUCAACGCCGGGAACCUCUGCAACCUCAACUACGGCGAAGGCCCCAAGGCCCACCUCCAGAAGCUGGCUGAGUGCCUGCGCUGGUCCUACGGGGCGGGGGUGGUCCUGCGUCUGGGGAACAUCGCCCGGCUGGAGCUCAACUACUGCGUCCCCAUGGGGGUCCAGAGCGGGGACAGGAUCUGCGACGGCGUCCAAUUCGGAGCAGGGAUCCGCUUCCUGUGAUGUCACCGUCGCCCAGUUGCCUUCUCGUUGCCGCGGCGACCGCAGAGUCCAGAAAGGGGAACUGAGCGGGGAGCUGUCGUCUGUCGGCGGUCGUUGGCGUGUUGUGUGUGUGGAGCCCCCCCCCCACGCCCCCUCCACCCCUUCACACCACCUUCCUCCUCCUCCUCCGUCAUCACCCUCCUCGGUUACCGUAGCAACGUAUCGCUUCUGAAGGACCCCCCCCCCCCCCCCCCCUCCCACACAUGUAACUUAUUUUAUUGUGGGUUCAGCCAACGUUCAUCUCACUGAGGUCGUGGUGGAGUCGCUCCAAGUUAAUGAAUGAAUGUCGGAUUAGAGAUGAGAUCCCGAUUUAAAAGUAAACGUUAAACACACACACCGAUGAUCUGCACUUUUCUUUGUCCCGCGGUCGGAAGAAACCGUGGUUAAUUAGGCAGGGUUUGAACCUGCGGACCCCCGUUAGCAGGGGUCUCUCGUUAGCGGGGGUCGCUCGUUAGCGGGGGUCGCUCGUUAGCGGGGGUCUCUCGUUAGCGGGGGUCUCUCGUUAGCGGGGGUCGCUCGUUAGCGGGGGUCUCUCGUUAGCGGGGGUCUCUCGUUAGCGGGGGUCUCUCGUUAGCGGGGGUCUCUCGUUAGCGGGGGUCUCUCGUUAGUUCGGGUCUCGUUAGUCUCUGGCGGGGGUCUCUCGUUAGCGGGGGUCUCUUGUUAGUUGGGGUCUCGUUAGUCUCUCUUUAGCGAGGGUCUCUCGUUAGCGGGGGUCUGUCGUUAGUCGGUAUCUCGCUAGGGGUCUCUUUUUAGGGGUCUCUUGUUAGGGGGCUCUCGUUAGCGGGGGGCUCUCAUUAACAGGGGGUCUCUCGGUAACGGGGGGUCUCUUGUUAGCGGAGGUCUCUUGUUAGCGAGGUCUCUCGUUAGCCAGUCAGAGACCACCAGGCCACCCUGCCCCCCUGUUCUCCUGUUUUCUCCAUUUGUCUAAGCUGUUGUAUUCUGCACGCAAGUUAAAUAAAAACGGCUUUUCCUAGGAAA